AUGUCAUUAACUCACUCCACACCAAUUUCAUUCCAGAGGAAUACUGCAGAUGCUGUCAUCAUCUACAUGGGAGGUGCACAAGAUUCUCAGACUAUCACAAAGAAAUUAUCACCCCGUGACCCUCAGCAGCCUUGGGUCAUGAUGGCCUUUGAAACGCCACUAUACUCAAACAGUAUACACAAAGUCAGAUAUGAAAACUACAACGGACUAUUUAACCGAACGAUGACUUACCGUCAAGAUGCCGACAUAAUGGUUCACCAUGGAUUUAUUGUCCACAGAAAUGAAUCCCACUUACUCCCCAGAUCAUGGGUCGUCCCUCCAGUAAUGGAGGUAAUAAAUGCCCCGAGGAAGUUAGCAGUGACAUUUAUAUCCAACUGUAAAGCAAAGUCCAACCGUCUGCAAUACAUCAAAAGGGUUGAGAAAUAUGCUCAAGUUGAUGUUGUUGGAGAAUGUGGGCCUCUGGAAUGUGGUGAUUCCAUGUAUGUAGAACACCGGUAUGAUGUAACUACAAACCAGUGCUUGAAGAUUGCUGGCAAACACUAUCUCUUCUUCUUUGCUUUCGAGAACAAUUUCUGCAAAGAAUACGUCACGGAGAAAGUCUACAAUCUGCUAUAUUAUCCAAUUGUUCCAGUGGUUCGAGGAUCAGCGAAUUACUCAGCACUUCUUCCCCCAAAUUCUUACAUCAACGCCAACAAUUAUUCGCCUAAGGAGCUGGCAGAGAGAUUGCUUUAUCUGAAAGAACAUCCCAAGGAUCCCAAAGCUGCCCUGGACAUAAGAUACAUAGAUGAUACCUUCAUCAAUGCUGCCAAUGAGAUCGAAUGGAGACACUGUGUUGAAGAUUUGAAGAAGAAUCAGUCCUUCAUUUCACAUGCGAAAGAGCUACUGAUAGUACCACAGCUUCUUGACAUCAGGCUCAGACUCAACAGCAAUGGAGAGUGCCUAGAUAAUUCAAUACGUCAGUAA